AUGACAGCCAAGUUUCUCGAAGAAAAAGACACUUUCGAAACCGCAGAGGAGUUUCUUGAUGCUUGCGAUAUCGCAGCUACUCAUCUUGGAUUCCAAGUUUACGUUAAGGACAGUUCACCACUUGCACGUAAUGGUUUUACCCGUUGCUACCAAUUAACUUGUGUUUUUGGUAUCAAAAUUAAGAGGAAUACAAACAUCUCUGAACAAGCACGCAAGAGAUUGACCUCGGCCAACUCGAAGAACUGCCCUUUUAUGAUCCAUGCUAUUCUUCCAAAAAAGGGUAAGAAGUGGGUUGUAAAGGAGUGUGUUGCUAUCCACACCCAUGACAUGCUUGAACAAGAAUACUAG